AUGACAGUCACCCAACAACCAAUCCAACAAACCUAUUCGAAUCCAAACGAUUCAGUACCCACCACUGAAGUUUUCAAAAACUUGAUUCGUGAAAAAUCUCCAUCUCUCCACGAAUACACUCUCCAACAUUCAUUCAGCACUGCCAAAUAUCUAUGUGGUGCCAGUUGUGGAUGUUUCAGAAUUCCAUGUCUCAGAGAUGACAUUUCACACAUUACAAUUUUCCCACCUCCAAGUGAUUUCUCACCAAAUCAUGCAUGUUCAUCCUCAUGCAAUACCAAACUUGGUAAAGAUCGUGUCCAAAGAGGUAAUUCAUGCUGUGAUGCAGGUUGUUUUGAUUGUUUUUGUAGAACUUGUUUUUGCUGUUUGAAUUGUUGGACAAAUGCUGAAGGUUGUUUGAUUUUGUGUUGUUUACUUGUUUUGGUGUUGAGUAUAUUUUUGGGAGGGAUUUAUUUGUUGACUGCUCCUGUGGCUAUUUUUCUCUUUGUUUAUUAUGAGAAGGAGACAACAGUUGAAUUGGAUGAUGAGAAGAGACAAGUUAGAAUGACUAGUAGAGGAAAGUAUAUUAGAAAGGAAACUAUUCUUUCAUCCUAUGCCAUCUCUUAUGAUCAAAUUCAUGAUAUUUAUGCUCAAUUGGUUAGUGAAGGAAGCAAUGGUCCUAUUGAUUCAGAAUAUUGCCUCGUUCUUCAAACAAAAGAAGGUCAACUAGUCAACUUGUCCAAACCUUUGGAUUUGAAAUUUGCUGAUAUCAAUGGAGGUGUAAAAUAUUUGAGAGAUUUCUUGAGAAUGAGAGGAGUUAUAUUUGUGAGAGAUUCUCAAUAUGGUGGAAUGGCAACUAUGAAUAAUAACACAAUGCCAAUGAAUCAUCAAAUGGUUUAA